AUGGUUGCGUUCACACCUGAAGAGGUCCGCAAUUUGAUGGACAAGCCAUCGAACGUCCGUAACAUGUCAGUGAUUGCUCACGUCGAUCACGGCAAGUCUACGUUGACUGAUUCUUUGGUUCAAAAAGCCGGUAUUAUUUCUGCUGCUAAGGCCGGUGAUGCUCGUUUCAUGGAUACCCGUGCUGAUGAGCAAGAGCGUGGUGUUACCAUCAAGUCUACUGCCAUUUCUUUGUUUGCUGAAAUGAAUGACAGUGACAUAAAGGAUGUUAAGGAACCCACUACUCACCCUGACUUUUUGGUCAACUUGAUCGACUCUCCUGGUCACGUUGACUUUUCUUCAGAGGUUACUGCUGCUCUUCGUGUCACUGACGGUGCUUUGGUUGUCGUUGAUACCAUCGAAGGUGUUUGUGUCCAAACUGAAACCGUCCUUCGCCAAGCUUUGGGUGAACGUAUCAAGCCCGUUGUCGUUGUCAACAAGGUUGAUCGUGCUUUGCUUGAACUCCAAAUUUCUAAGGAAGAACUUUAUCAAAAUUUUGCUCGUGUCGUUGAAUCCGUCAACGUCGUUAUCUCUACCUACUACGACAAGGUCCUUGGUGACUGCCAAGUUUUCCCCGACCAAGGUACUGUCGCUUUCGGUUCCGGUCUUCACGGUUGGGCUUUCACCAUUCGUCAAUUUGCCAACCGUUAUGCCAAGAAAUUCGGUAUUGACCGUAACAAGAUGAUGACUCGUCUCUGGGGUGAAAGCUACUUCAACCCUAAAACCAAGAAGUGGUCCAAGUCUGCCGUUGAUGCUGAUGGUAAUGAAAACCAACGUGCCUUCAACAUGUUCAUCUUGGACCCCAUUUACCGUAUCUUCGAUGCCGUCAUGAACGGCCGUAAGGACGAAGUUUUUGCCCUCUUGACCAAGCUCGAGGUCAACCUCAAGCCCGAUGAGAAGGAACUCGACGGUAAGGCUCUCUUGAAGGUCGUCAUGCGUAAGUUCUUGCCUGCUGCUAACGCUCUUUUGGAAAUGAUUGUCAUUCACCUUCCCUCUCCCAAGGUGGCUCAACAAUACCGUUGUGAGACCUUGUAUGAAGGUCCCAUGGAUGAUGAGUGUGCUCUUGGUAUUCGCAACUGUGAUCCUAAGGCUCCUCUUAUGGUCUACGUUUCUAAGAUGGUUCCCACCUCUGAACGUGGUCGUUUCUACGCCUUUGGUCGUAUCUUCUCUGGUACUGUCCGUUCCGGUAUGAAGGUCCGUAUCCAAGGUCCUAACUACACCCCCGGUAGAAAGGAAGACCUUUUCAUCAAGGCCAUCCAACGUACCGUUUUGAUGAUGGGUUCUAAGAUUGACCCCAUUGAAGACUGCCCUGCCGGUAACGUUAUUGGUUUGGUCGGUAUUGACCAAUUCUUGGUUAAGUCUGGUACCUUAACCACAUCUGAAGUUGCUCACAACAUGAAGGUCAUGAAGUUCUCUGUUUCUCCUGUCGUCCAAGUCGCUGUCGAAGUCAAGAACGGUAAUGACUUGCCUAAGCUCGUUGAGGGUCUUAAGCGUCUUUCCAAGUCUGACCCUUGUGUCAUGUGCAGCACCUCCGAAUCUGGUGAACACAUUGUCGCUGGUGCUGGUGAGUUGCACUUGGAAAUCUGCUUGAAUGACUUGCAACAAUCUCAUGCUGGUAUUCCUCUUAAGAUUUCUCCUCCUGUUGUCUCCUACCGUGAGUCUGUUGGCGAGCCUUCCAGCUUGACUGCCUUGUCCAAGUCUCCCAACAAGCACAACCGUAUUUUCAUGACCGCUGAGCCUAUGAGUGAAGAACUCUCUAUGGCCAUUGAGACUGGUAAGAUCAACCCUCGUGAUGACUUUAAGGCUCGUGCUCGUGUCAUGGCUGACGAAUACGGCUGGGAUGUUACCGAUGCCCGUAAGAUCUGGUGCUUCGGUCCCGAAACCACUGGUGCUAACCUUGUUGUUGAUCAAACCAAGGCUGUUUCUUACUUGAACGAAAUCAAGGACUCCGUUGUUGCUGCCUUCCAAUGGGCUACUAAGGAAGGUCCCAUUUUCGAAGAGAACUUGCGUUCUUGCCGCUACAACAUUCUUGAUGUUGUAUUGCACGCUGAUGCUAUUCACCGUGGUGGUGGUCAAAUCAUUCCUACUGCUCGUCGUGUAGUCUAUGCUUCUACCCUUUUGGCUCAACCUGUUAUCCAAGAACCUGUUUUCUUGGUUGAAAUCCAAGUUUCUGAAGGUGCUAUGGGUGGUAUCUACUCUGUCCUUAACAAGAAGCGUGGUCAAGUAUUCGCUGAAGAACAACGUGUUGGUACUCCCUUGUACAACAUCAAGGCCUACCUUCCUGUCAAUGAGUCCUUCGGUUUCACUGGUGAGCUUCGUCAAGCUACUGGUGGCCAAGCUUUCCCUCAAUUGGUGUUUGACCACUGGUCUCCUAUGAAUGGUGAUCCUACUGAUCCCACUUCCAAGCCUGGUCUUAUUGUUACUGAAUCUCGUAAGCGUAAGGGUCUUAAGGAAGCUGUUCCUGAAUAUACUGAAUAUUAUGAUCGUCUUUAA